AUGGCCUAUAAUGGCUUCGCUGGCUUUGGUGAAGAUGCUAUGGAUGGCGUCGAGACCUCAGGACCCAAAGUGACAGUCAGAGAUGUCGAGCAAGACCGCUGUGAUUUUGUUUUGCAAUCAUGCUCCCUCGCGAUGGCGAACUCCCUGCGUCGCGCCAUCCUGGCCGAAAUUCCUACCAUCGCUGUUGACCUCGUCGACAUAAUUACCAACUCAUCUGUUUUGCCCGACGAAUACCUGGCUCAUCGAUUGGCGCUAAUCCCCCUCAUGAGCAAAGGCGUUGGGGAAAAUUUAAAUUAUACAAGGGACUGCGAUCGAUGUGACGACCACUGCGAGUACUGCUCUGUAGUGUUGCGCCUCCAUGCACGGUGUACAAGGCCAGGUACAAUGAUGGUUUAUGCUCGUGACUUGACUGUUGCGGAACCUCGUCAGGACGCCAUUGGCACACCAGUCAUUCGGGAUGUUGAUGGCACGGGGCCACUUAUUGCAAAGCUGAGACAGGGUCAAGAGAUCCAUCUGGAAUGCAUUGCAAAGAAGGGCAUCGCCAAAGAACACGCAAAAUGGGCUCCAACGGCAGCAGUGGGAUUUGAAUAUGAUCCGAACAACAAGUUGCGACACCUCGAUUACUGGUACGAAACCGAUGCGAAGGAAGAGUGGCCUGUCGACGAGCGUAAUGCCACAUGGGAGGGUGAUGAGACCGCAGCCGAUGCUACAUUUGACCCUGACGCCGUGCCCAGCGCCUUCUUCUUCGACGUGGAAGGCGUGGGCACGCUGGAACCAGAUGACAUCGUACGUGGCGGAAUCGAGGUCAUUCAGAAGAAGCUGGCCGAGACCAUCAAAGUUCUAGGAGGUGUUGGAGCCGCCGGAGUGGAUGCCAUGAAUGGCGAUCAAAGUCCCGAUGCGUACGAACCGGCUCCUGCAGACGGGGGCUAUGGAUCAUAUGGUGCACUCAGAGGCGGUGCAACUCCUUACGGCACGACCCCUUAUGGUGCUGGAGGGUAUGGUUCUUAUUAG